CCAACGGCGCACAGUUUUGCAAAUUACUCUUGCUACAUAACGUCGGCAGAAUAAUGUAUCAGUACAGUUGCCCUUCCCACCUAACUCUUAUUGUGAUCUUGAUCUUUCUUUGAAAGCUAUUAUGGCUCAGGAGUCCCCAAGGAAAUUAAAGGUUUUUCCGUCCACUGACUCGGAGUUUGUGUCCGAAGCCUUCCCUUGGAAAUCGAGAGAAGUUGUUCCAGUUGACCAGAAAACACUACAUGAAAAAGUGCCUGAGAAACCUGCAACACACCUCGCUGGUGCACCAGAUGGAGGAUUGACCGCGUGGCUAGUCGUUGUUGCCGUCAACUUGGCGUUAUUUUCUACGUUCGGUAUAGCUAAUGCAUGGGGGGUCUUUCAAGCGUAUUACCAGGAGAAUCUACUGCGUCACACUUCUCCUUCAAAUAUAGCAUGGAUCGGUUCUGCGCAAUACGCGCUCGUAUAUUUUCCAGCACUUGCGACAGGACGAAUGUUUGACCUAGGAUACUUCAAAAUACCGUUUUUGGCCGCUAGCUGUGUUAUCGUUGCGUCCGUCUUCCUAACUGCGGAAUGCACUCAAUUCUGGCAGUUCUUUCUUGUGCAAGGAUUUAGUCUGGGAGCCUGCUGCGGUAUCAUAGUUGGUCCGGCACUUGUUGUCAUCUCGCAUUGGUUCGACAGGAAACGUGGCCUUGCUAUGUCAUUCGCCGCCAUUGGUGCUUCGGCUGGCAGUACGGUGUUUCCUGCAGCAGCACAGAAACUGAUACCGUUAAUCGGAUUUAAAUUUACAAUGCGUGUAUUUGGGUUCAUUCUGCUUGCCACACUGGGGAUGGCGAAUAUAUUACUGAAACGACGUCUUCCACCUGUCAAUGUUCGUGGGGGACUCUUUAAUCUUAAAGUAUUCCGCAGCAGAGCAUAUACCAUUUAUUGCAUUGCAGGAAUACUGGGAUUUUUAGGACUCUACACAGAGUUAACAUACAUCUCUGUGAGUGCCAUAGCAAUUGGCAUCUCCAAAAACUUUGCCUUCUAUAUAAUUGCGAUCGCCAAUGGAGCAUCUGCAUUUGGACGUCUGUCAUCUGGACUAAUAGCAGAUAAAAUCGGCGCACUCAAUACCAUGGUAGCUUUUACCGCGAUGGCAGGCAUUACGACAUUUGCCUGGCCGUUUGCUACAGAUGAAUCACAGAUUAUUGCAAUAGCCAUUAUUUACGGAUUCUCCUCGGGAGGAUUCGUAACUCUCUUCGCCGUAGCUGCCGUAGCAAUGGGAAAUAUGGAGGACGCAGGGCGCAGAGUGGGGAUGUUCAUGUCCCUCGCUGCUUUUGGAGCCAUUGCAGGUCCUCCGAUAUCGGGGGCUAUCAGCACCGCAUCAGGAGGGUUCGUUGACGCGGGUCUCUAUGCAGGUGGCAUCAUUAUGUGUUCUGCCGGACUGCUACUUGUGACACGAUGUCUUCAUCUCAGGCGCCUAUGGGGCAAGUGUUGAAUUAUCCAUUCGGUGAAAGGAACAACACUCGGCUCCGAGACGCGUAAUAUCGUAGAUGAAUCAAUGGCUUCCCAAAUAUCAGAAGUUUGAUCUGAUACGAUUCAUUUGGAUUAGGUCAACCCAAGGAGACAAUUAACCUUAGAUCCACCCGCACAUUAUCAUAAUAUGGAUCAGUCCCUAAUGCACUCUAAAACGUAUGGCUUUAGUUGGCAUGACAUCUGGCAAUUCAAAUCGCAAGGAACCAGAAGAAAUACGUUUCGUUACGUUCCACCGCUAUCGCGGAAAGCUCGAAUCAAUAUAUAUGACAGUGGUCGACAGCUCAACAACGGGUCAGUUACUGUGUUACACUGCCAUGACUAUCUUCUUUACCUUGCCUUUAACUUUGGUCAUCGUUGUCUCGCCUUUAGCCGAAACCCGCCGGUACGCCUUUUUGCAAUAGCUAGUGACGAGUUCUCUGCAAACGUUGAUGCAUUUGAUGGUUGCUUCAUUCGCUAGAAC